GUCAGCCUGUCUCAUGAUUGCUCACGAUGAGCAAAUGAGAGAAAGCAAACACACUGUAUUAGUUCUAUUCGGCAUAACCACUGUAAUUAUGAACUGCCAGGAAAGGAAUGCGAUGGACGGCCGAGCGGCCUGACCGUCCAGGCAACCAACCGAGGCCUACACGUGACUCGGGCCAUUUCGACGCGCAGACGAGGCGCAACCAGACGGAGCAGUGAAUAUCCUUGUCAACGCUGCCUCUCCAACCCGGAGAUUCCAAUUCGCCCUCCCCCGCAGGCCCUGACGAGGCACGGAAGAUGAGCGAACUCCUCGACUCGGUCCAUAAUGAGGAGCUGGCUGACGAAAUUGCAGCGAUCAACGCCAUCUAUGGACCUGACACGUUGACCGUCACUGCCACCAAGGGCAGCGGUACGGCCUCUACAGAAGCACCGUAUACUCUCGAUUUGGGCAGCUCCAGGGCCUUGGAUACACUAGCCACGACUGCAACUCUCCAAAUACCCAACCACCCCCACCUGUCGUUCGUUGUUGGCUUUGACCCCGCGUACCCCGAUACCCCGCCGAGGAUUGUCGGGACGGCAUCUACUUCGUCUCGCGGCGAGGGUAAGAUCGCCGUGGAGGUCCUGGAGGAUAUAAUAGGGCGAAUUCACCAGCCUGGUCUAGUCUGUUUAUUCGAAGUCAUUAGUGAUGCUGCGGAAGCGUUUGAGGAGCUGAGCAUUGGCGGGAAGAACGAUAGCAGCGACAAGAACGAUAAUGGGGGAGACGAAGAGGUGGCAGCUACCGAUUCGGUCGAACUGCCGACUGAGAGCUUUGCAGCCUUGUCACUCCGAGAUACCUUCGGACUGGACGCCCCCCCUGACUGGAUCCUGUCGGAUGUGGUGACGGAGAAGAAAUCUGUCUUUGUCGGGCGUGCUGCCAGUGUCAGUUCGGUCGAGCAGGCACAAGCCUUUAUAGAUUAUCUCCUGUCGACGGAUAAGAAGGUUGCUGCUGCGACACACAAUAUCACUUCGUGGCGUAUAAGACAGAAGAAACGGCCUGGUGAUAGUGAGAAAGGCGAGUCCGCCAGUGAGAUAAUCUUCGAGGACUGCGAUGAUGAUGGGGAGUCAGCUGCUGGGGGACGGUUACUACAUCUCAUGCAGCUGAUGGAUGUGUGGAACGUGGUUCUUGUGGUCACACGGUGGUAUGGCGGGAUUCAUCUAGGGCCUGAUCGAUUCCGAAUCAUCAAUGCCGUGGGACGAGAUGCUCUGGUCAAGGGUAGGUUCAAUCAGGAGGGAUCUGCGGAGAGCAAUCAGGGCAAUGAAAAGGGAAAGAAGAAAGGGAAAAAGUGAAGUAUUCGCGAAGGUCUUAUGACUUGGAACAGGGCUUCUGACGUGGUGAACGAGGCGGCUGAUCCGUUCAUUUGCCUGGAGCCCUUGGCUCCUGGAGAUCAUCCAGUCUGGGUUGGACCAUAGGAAGCAUCCCAACUCCUGGAGUUCAUGCGGCGGCAGCAGCCAUCUGGACAAUGAAUGGUCUGUAAUAGGUCAAGGUCGAACCCGACUCAAGUCCCUAUGAUAUGGAGAACGUCACUCGAGACAUCACCCUCCGCGAUAGAGAUUUGGUGGCUUGCACCUGGUCAAGCUUCCAGCUUUGAACCGAGACCCUGGCCGCGCUUGGUUUUUGAACGUUGGAUUUCCCAUUCGGGAAGAAUCCAAGGACUAUUAUAUUAAAUCCAGAUAGUGCUUUAUGAGUCUAAAAGCUCAUGGUUUUGUGCCUAGAAUUUUGGGAAGGCAGCAGUCUAUUCAAUUAUUCAUGAUCUUGCAUUGUUCCUAUAUCUUGGUUUUUAGGUUAUCUUGGUUGCAUACUGGGGAUAGUAACAGCGAACGGUGUUGGUCAAUAUAGAUGAAAUAGCCAGAGAGUAUGGAAUCGGACAGCUUCAACCCAUCACUCUGCCAUUGAUCCAUUUUGGCGAAAUCAACCUCCCACCACCACUCCUGAAUCUUCUUUCUCGCUAAACGAGUCCGUAUAUGGAUAUGCAGCGGGUCAUGGCGGCCUUAUCUUCAGCCUCUCCACUCGGGCUCUGCCGGGCAAUAUGUACGAAGCUAUGAGAUAGAGCUCUAUGUGUCAUGCUUGGGAUAUCCUGCGACGUCUCAGCUGGAGACCUUAGCAGAAUUCUUACUUAAC